AUGUGGCCGAAUGAUUUGCUGAUGUGGUUGGACAGGCGAUUCAAGUCGGCCACAACGUCAUCGUCAAUCUUGAGGAAGUAUUUGACGUUCGGGCAGAAGGUUUGGAAGAAAUUAAAAUCAGCACUGGUUAUACUUUCUGGAAAAUUUGACGGUAAUAAAAACUUCCAGCCAAGCGACAGGUGUCAGAUUCCACGGAACCUGGAGUUAUACACGAUGUGUCAACUUGAUGGAAUUUAUGGAGAGAGAUAGAGGGAUGUCCCCUGUGUCAACUGUUUCCCCAGUUGUUUUUCCCCGAUGUUCGAGAAUGUUCGAUGGAGAGAUCCCGAAGCGGAGAGCCUGAAUUACGACACCGUAACCUUCUCUGAGGUUUUAUCCCAUACUUUGAUCAGUUGUUGCUGUGAAGUGCAGUCGUGUUAUAGUUGUUGAGUUGUGUUGUGUUAUUGAAGUUAUUGUAUUGCCUUAUUUUAUUGCAUUGUUUACUAUUUUAUUGAUAAAUCAUUUAUUCGAGUUGAUUUGAUCUCAUUCUCGUGUUCAUCUUUAAGGGAACGAUAUCUUUCGAUUACCCGACAUCCACAUACGCAACCUUCCACUUGGGAGGCCGAGUCAUUUCAGGUAGAAUAGGUAGCGUAAGGUAAUCGACAGAAGAAACCACCGCAAGACCACAGCCAAGCCGUUGAUUUCUUUUCUGACCGAAGGUGGAAUCGGACAACAGGUAUCAAGUGCGACGCUCCAAUUUUCUUUGUAUUUUAUACACACGUCGGGAAUAGGUUACUCGCGCUUUGCAGAUUCUAAAAACGAACGACUUCAAAUUUUAAAUACUACUUAAACCUCACAGACAGCUGCAAACAACACAAAGAUAUGAGCAAAAAUUUUGACCAAAACUUCCUGAAUAAUAUUACAGAUGAAUUUAUGAAAUGGCACGUGUUUCUGCAGCACAGCGAAGCAAUUCUCGGAAUAACGGGCACAAAGGAACGGCUGGUUUUACUGUCUACAUUCUGCUCUUCGAUCUUGUUGUUUAUUUCCACGAUGUUACGAAAAGAUUUUCACUGUGUUCCAGUUAUGGAAAUUGGGUUUACUCCCGUUUUUUUGCAGCUUCGCACCAUGUACGAAACCAUUAGUUAUUACUAAUAGUAUAUAAGAAAUGCCGAUGAAAUGACAACAACUUUUUUCAGCGAUGAUUUACGAAAAUUCGGCGGCCUUCUUGACUCAGCAUUCGCUCCUCAUUACCACUACUUUGGAGUCAAUUUGCGCGCCCAUUGUGUUGUACUUGACCCUCUACCACUCGAUGCAGAUGAAACGGUACCGAUAUUUGAUUAUGAAUCAUGUUGUGUGGAACUUGCUGAUGAAUUGGGCGUUGUGUUUCUACAAGCCGACACUGUUGUUUCCGGCGCCUUGUGUGACGUUUGCACCAGCGAUUCAUAACACUUGGUUCACUGGGAUCAGUUCGAUGUUCCUUGUCUUUCUAAUCGUAAAUGUGGAGAUGGCGGUGGUUUGGAGUGUGUUUUAUCGGUUCUUUAUGGUAAGCGUUGCUAAUAAGGAAAGAAAAAUUUAUGUCAUUGUUUUAUCGGCAUAAAAAUUUCGCUGCAAAUUUAAAAAGUACAGGGUGGGGCAUCUUCGUGGCCCGAUUUGAAUUGGCUAUAACUUCUUUGGUUUUUGGCCAAGUGUUAAAAUUCUUUUUUUCCCUGAAUCCUCAGACAUCCCCAUUUUGUUCGAUACCAAAUGUGUUAUACAAAGGUAAGUGUCAUCUACAGUUGUUGGAUUUAUUCUUGGAGUUCAUUUUUUCGGUUGUUUUUCGGCUGUUUUUUCGGUCUUGUCUGUGUGUUCGAAAAUGGAGUGUGGUGUGGAAUAAUGUAUGACAUUUGGUAUCAACAAAAAUGGGGAUGUCUGAGGAUUCAGGACAAAAAAUGAAUUUUAAGAUUUGGCCAAAAACUAAAAAAGUUAUAGCCAAUUCAAAUCGGGCCACAAAUAUGCCCCGCUCUGUAAACGAUGAUCCUCACUUUAAAUGCGAUAUUACUCUCUUGAAAAGCGAGGCAAACGACGAACAAAAAUUCAUUUACAGUCCUAUCCUGGCCGUGUCAGCGACUUUGUUGAGCACCGCAGAGGCUCCAUUAUUGUGUUCGUCGUUGGCCAACUACUGAUUUGCUUUUUCGCCCUCUCUCCUUUUAUCAUCUUUCAAAGACCUAGUAAGUUCACACUAGUAUUUAUAUGAGCUCUAGGUGAAGCAAGAGAAACAGCGGAAUUCCUCAAACGACUCCCACACCUGCAACAAUACGAACGGUCCACCGGAUACCUUUGUACGAUGGAUAUUGAGAUCACCGGGAUCGUCGUUCUGUGUGGCGUAAUGAUGUUGCUGUUCUUCUUAAUUGUUGGCAUGACGAUCCUUUUUAUUUUGGGGCAUCGAGUGACAAGUGUGAACAAAGGUGUGUUCUUUGCAGGGAAUAAGCAUCGAAUGCACAAGAUGCUAUUCAAGGUCAGUACUAUUAUAUACAAAAUCGGGGCUGUAGAGGUGAAUGUUAAAGGCAAAAAACCGCUUUAUCUAGAGGCUGGGUAACGUGAAGGUCUUCUGAUUGCAGGCCGUACUAGUUCAAGUCAUUGUCGGCUUCAUCUUUCAACUCGUGCCCACGGCUUUGAUCUUGCUCACUUUUUACGCCCAAUGGGAGGAGGGAACGACGAUCGCUGCCGUUUGUGCGACGAUGAUUCAAGUCCACGGAUGUGUGGACUUUAUUACAAUGAUGUAUUUCAUUGUUCCCUAUCGCCGGCAGCUGCUGAGAUUGGUCGGAAGGCAACCAGGGAAGGUGUGGUCGGAGCAAACGUGAAUUCGAAGACUAUGGAGUGUGCAAGUGAGUGCUUAAAUUGCGCGUGGGUUGUAGGAAUAAGCUGGGUAAUGAAUAUCACCAAAAAUCAUCAAGGGUUAAAGGAAUUUGCUAGUCUUUCCGAGGAACGUAAUAAAGUAGCCCUAUGAAACCGGACUUUUCUCACGUAGCGAAUUAUUGCAAACAUCAAAAGAAUCUGAAGAUUACUAAUAUUUCCAUGAACAGCUUUUGUAAGCGUAUACAAGAAAACAUCAAAAAUUUCCUCCCCGCUUAAUCAACUUCGCCAAAGCAAGUAAAUUAUGAAACGACACAUCUGUACAAUUGAAUUGCCUUUAGUUUCCUCCAGGUGCUAAGACUUCUGUGUGAGAUUUAAAGGGCAUUAUUCUCGUAUGUCGCCAUGUUCUCCUGUAGCUUUCUUGAACAAGCUUAGACUAUGAUCUACGUAAAUUCACUGGCCCCAUUGACGGAUUACGUUGUGCCUUUUGCCACAGCAAUUGAAACUUUCUGCGCUCCCUUUAUCAUAUACCUUGCCUUGUACCAUUCAAGGCAAAUGCAUCGUUAUCGGUAUUUGAUUGUGAACAACGUUGUUUGGAGCUGUUUAUUCAACUGGGUGGUCUCUGUUAUGGAUCCGGUUUUCAUGUAUCCUUCGACAUGCGUUCUUAGCUAUCGUAAAUGGCUGCAUGAGCCGUAUCGGUCCAGAAAGGCCAUGAUGUUUUACCUGACCUUCUUGGUGAAUGUCAUGUUUGCGAUGAUUUGGAGUCUGUUGUAUCGGUAUUGCAUGGUGAGUUUUUUUGUGAGGAAAUAAGCCAAGGGGAUCUCAUUAGUCAUUAGUCGUUCGAUUUUUGUCAGAAAAAAAUGGAUGAUGACCUUUAUAAAAAAGUAAAAACUCUGUAGAACAAAACAUAGAACCAAUUGAUUAACCAUGCAGAGGUUCAUGAUCGUUCUAAACCUCGUUGAUAACCAGAGAUUGCCACGGUCAAAAUUUCGGCUCCGUCUAAGGCUCUUAGCUCCCAAAGCCGGAGCCAAGGCCAAAUUUACGGCCCUGGCACCGGCUCCUGUGCAAAAUUUAAAAAGGUCUCCGGCUCCGACUCCCGGCUCCUGUGCAAAGAAAUUUUUUUCUAUAUCUUUUCAAAAAUAAAGAUUAUUAGUGCCAGAGAUGACAUACCCAACGUUUUUGAUCGGUUUAUAAUAACAAGAUCACGAAAUUUUUUCUGAACACUGAGAAGCAUGGCUCCGACUUGGGGCUCGGGAGCCGGAGCCGUGGCAAUCUCUGUUGAUAACCCAUUCCUUUUUAUUUAAAACUUUUCACGCAAUAAACAGCUGAUAAACUUGCACUUUUAAGCUUUUGAACCUGAAUUAGUUUGUCUUGAACCUGUAACAAGUUUAUAGACCAGUAUAUACGCUAACCGUAAAAUGGCUACUGCCUUAAAUAUUUUACUCGUUCCUUUAAAAAAACAACCAAUAAUUCCAGGCAUUCCCCGGAAGGCUCAGUCAAAUCGCUGAGAAUGGGAAGACCGCAAUUGUGAUCAUGAUGACUGUUGAAGUUCUGUGUUGUUUCUAUGCCCUAAAUCCUGCAUCUUUAAUGAACAUGCCUAGUAGGUGCCUCUCAGGAACCCCUUUUCAAGAACUCUUUUAGCCCCAGAAGACGACCGUGGCUGGUUUAUGGAGCAGCUCCCCCAAUUCCGAGAGAUUGAGCCGGAAGUUGGCUAUCUUUGCAGUCCAAUGAGCAGACAUACAAAAUCUCGAGGAGUUAUCGGUUUUUUCAUCGUUAUGUUCCUCAUUGUUGGUGGGCUAAUCAUGCUCGGGAUCAUGUUCUAUCGGGUUAUGUUUUUUCUUUCGAAAGCCAACAACAUAACGGCCAUUCGGCUGCACAAAAUGUUGCUAAAGGUAAGGAAAUUUGUAGAAACGACAAGAAGUACGUAUAUUUUGUCACAUAGGCUCUCAAAAAAGGAAUUACUGCCUUUUUGUGUGGGGUUCUUGGCCGCUGGGGUAAACUUUUAAUUCAAUUCGCAUCCAAAAUUUCCUCAAUUAAACACUGUAUUGCGCUGUAAUCGUGUUUAUUGCAGGCUCUGACCGCGCAGUUAAUCGUUGGAGACUUGUUUUUGCUCUUGCCCAUUGGAUUUUCGUUUCUGGCCUUUGGCAGCAAUUGGGAGGAAGGAAGAACAAUCUCAGCCUUCUGCCAAAUGCUGAUUCAAGUCCACGGAUGCGUUGACUUCAUUACGACAAUCUAUUUUAUCACGCCAUAUCGAAGAAAAUUUAUCGGCAUGUUCAAAAAGACGCCGUUAGACGUCACAAGGAUCAGCACAGUUUCCGCGAAAUAUUAA